ACUUUAAGUAGUCUGUUCCAACAAGUUGUACAGGAGUCUCCCUCUCUCUCUCUCUCAAGUUUAUGAUCAUGGCAAGCAAGUCCUUGUUCAUUGUUGCCAUUGAUUUUGGCACGUCUUACAGUGGCUACUGCUUUUCUCUUGCGACACAUACGGAUCAAAUCCGACAGGUGUUCUGGGGACAGGCGCACGGGCUCAUGACUGUGAAGACUCCAACGUGCAUCCUCUUCAAUGAAAAGCGUGACUUUAAGAAGUUUGGCUACGAUGCCGUCAUGAAGUACACCACGCUCCCCUCCAGCGAAGCUCACAAAUGGUACUACUUCCACCACUUCAAGAUGAAGCUGUACAACAAGAAAAUCACUUCCAAUAUGGAACUGGAAGCAGAUAAUGGAAAGAAGUUUCCAGCCCUAAAAGUAUUCUCAGAAAGUCUGCGGUACAUGAAGGACCAUGCUCUGAACACCAUACUGGAGGCCUCAUCCCAAACUGUCUAUGACACUGAGGAUGUCACCUGGGUCAUUACUGUUCCAGCCAUAUGGGAUGUUUCUGCCAGGCAGUUCAUGCGAUUGGCAGCUAAAGAGGCAGGACUCAUCAGUGACAUGUUUUCUGAGAAGCUCAUCAUCGCCUUAGAACCAGAGGCUGCCUCAGUCUGGUGCAAGCAGCUUCCACGAGAAGGGUUUGUGGCAGAGGGUGGUGAUAGACAAAAGUUUGAAGAGUCACCUGGGACCCAGUAUGUCGUCGUUGAUUGUGGAGGUGGUACUAUAGACAUCACAGUACAUGAAAUCCAAGAGAACCAGACCCUGAAAGAGUUACAUAAGGCAUCAGGAGGAGGAUGGGGAGGCAACACAGUGGAUGAAAACUUCAAAGAGUUCCUGAAGGAGAUCUUCCAAGAUGGAGUAUGGGAGGAAUAUGCACAGAAUCACCCAGCAGAAUGCCAUCAAAUGAUGUACAACUUUGGCCUUCAGAAAUGCUCUACCAGCAGAGAUGAGGUCUACAUACAUUGCUACCACAACCUAACAAAAGUGGCAGAACGCAAGCAAAAAGACAUCUCCCUCUUCUUCAAGGGUGUGGAGGGAGCUCUGUGGUGCAAUGGGACUAUCAUGAUUACAUAUGAAAAAAUGAAGAGCUUUUUUGCCUACAGUGUCAGACAAACCAUUGAAGCCUUGCAGGAAAUCCUCAGCAAGCCUGAGAUGGCCAAGGUCCAAUAUAUUUUACUGGUUGGGGGCUUUGCUUCCAGCAUUAUCCUGAGGGAGGAGAUCUAUCAGACCUUUAGGAAGCGGUAUCAUAUCCUGUGUCCACUGGAAGCUCAGGCAGCUAUUGCAAAGGGAGCCGUUUUAUUUGGGAACAAUUCACAAAUUGUUGCCUCAAGAAUCAGCGCUCUGACAUAUGGAGUAAAGGUAUCUCGGGCAUUUGAUAUUGCUGUCCAUGAUAUACAGAAAAAGAGAGUCUCAAAAGCUGAUAAUUAUGUAUAUUGCACAGAUCUCUUCAAUAAGUUGGUGGGAAUUGGGGAUUUGGUAGAGGUAGAUGAGGUUGCCAGUUAUACUUUCACUCCCAUAGAACCAGAUCAAACAAGUGUGAUUUUUAGUUUCUAUUGCACAGAAAAGAAGGAUGCAAAGUACGUAGAUGAGGAAGGGCUGAAAAUGCUCGGCUCCUGUACUGUGCCAACGCCAAACACAGAGCUGGGGAGAAACCGCCAGCUGAGACUGGAUAUUAAAUUUGGGCUAACGGAAUUUAAAGCCACAGGUACUGAUGUCACGUCCAGUGAAAGUCAGACAGUUAUGAUAGAUUUUUUAACUGUGUAAAGAUUGCACAGUUCAAGGACAUGUAAGAAGAGCAUCAGACUUGGAUGAUUCAAGGGACUAUAGGGCUCAAUUAGGAGAAUAUAUGAGCUGUCACAAUGGAAUAGCCAAGUGGACCAUAUAGUCCAGUAACUCACUUCCAGCCACACUAGAACAAACCAAUAGUCUGUCUAGUCUGAUGAUCCUGCCUCUUCGCAAGUCACCUGUUUAGUCUGAUAUUCUGCCGUCUGCCAUUCCUGAUUGGACCAAUACAAUUUGUCUAGUUCAGUAUUCUUCCCCCUCCCGUGCUAGAUUAGACUAAUAGCGCACUAUCUAGUCCAGCAUCCUGCAUGCUACACUACUGGAUCUGAACACAGUAGCUCAGGUAGUCCAGUAUAAUUACCUAUAUCCCACUAGAUCAGCUUUAUCGCCAUCUAGCCUGGUGUCCUUUUUGCUGCCAGACCAGACCAAUGGUCUCUGUAGUCCAGUAUUUUUCUUGCAGCUGUAUUUUCUUAAGCUAUUAUCUUGUCAGACCUCAUUUUCUAAAGACUAAGUUUAAUUCUGCUUGCUGUGAUUUUACCGUAUUAUGAAAAAUAUUCAAAUAUAUGAUUGUAUUGUUUUAAAGAUCAGAGAAAGUGUAAACAUAAUAUUUUGCAACAGUGAAAUUAUGUUUAAGCAAUAAUUGAAUCGUAGGACUGGAAGGGAUCUCGAAGUGUCAUCUAGACCAGUCCCCUGCACUCCUGGCAGGACUAAGUAUUAUCUCGAAUUAAAUAUCUUAAGUACUAACUAAAUAUAGGUAUAUUGAACAGGUUGAAAGACAAAAAACAAACUCUGAACCAUCGUACAUGGACAAUUACAAAAUGUUAUGAAUUUGGGGGCUUUUAGAUAUGAAAUUGUGAGCGUGUGGUGAUAAUUUAACUACAUCAUUUAAGCAAACUGGCAUCAUUAAUUGAAUAGAUAUUAAUGGGCAGAUUGUACCACACAGCCCUGAAUAAUAAUAACGCUGCAAACCCCCUUUGAGGAACUAGCAGUCUCUGUUUAGGGGAGUAAAGGGACGCAACUGUCUCAGGCUCCUCUAUGCACAGGACAAGCAGUCUGGCUCUAAUUAAUCUGGUUACUAAGAAAGAGCUACAAGGCUCUGAUCCUGCUGUCUGAUCUGUGUGAGAAGACCCCUACACCAGUUUAUUUGAAUAGGGCUUUGCAUGGACAAAGGCUCUGCCUAAACAGAUCCAUUGUAGAAUCAGAGCCUAAUUGACUAUUACCGAGAUCCUGUAGUGUACAUUUCUAUGUGCUUAGAAGUGAAAAUUACCACAUGAAAAUCAAACUGUUACCUGGAUUGAUACAUUGUAUUAGAAUUAGAUUUUGGGAUAUUUUACGUUAGAUUUCUGUCCUCUGCCCUAGAGUGAGCACUUCGAUUUUACUAGCUGCCCCUGCACAUUAAAAGUGGCAUUCAGACAGACAGAUUGUGGCCUUUUUUCACUGCCUUACCGGGUUUCAUUCUCCCAGCUGCUGAACACUUCCUCAGCCUUCCCCAGGUCAGGUGAGCUAAGGGUUACACAGAAAUAUAAAAUUGAAUAUGAAAAUGUCAAAUAAAAAAUGUACACAAAAUGGGCAACUUCAGCCCAUCUGUGAUAUUUUGACUUGGGUAAGGCCUUUACAGUAAAGUAAAAUGGAGAGA